GCACGCCAUCGGUAAAGCUUUGCCUGCUCGCCUCGCCGGGAUCGCCCCCAACUCAGGUGUCGCGUCCAAGAAUUUGCAACCAGUGCCCGGGGAGCCACCCCUAGUCAUUCUUCGCGUGCAGGUCAUAGGCUGCACUGAUCUCGUAGGAAAGGAUCGUAACGGCUUCAGUGACCCCUAUGUUACGGUCGGCGUCCUAAACCAACGACACUCCACUCCUGCGGUCAAGAAGUCCAAUUCGCCCAUCUAUGAUCCAGCCGAGGCAACGUUCGACCUUCCGCUUCAUCUCUCGCUCGCAGAACGCGUCGGCGCGCUCGAGAUUGUAGUUUGGGACAAGGAUAUGAUUGGGAAAGAGUAUCUCGGCGAAGUCGCUUUGAGUGUGGACGAAUGGUUUCCGCAACGUGGGCCGAAGUUAGAUUGGAAUUCAGCAGAGGAACGAUCCCUCGCACUCAUAUCGACUCGCUCCAAAGCGACGAUAUCCGGCUCGGUCCGCAUCAAGAUGGGUUUCGUCCGACCAACACCUACCGAUACCCAUGCGAGCACGAAGAUGGUUGAUCCCAGCUUGCCAUUGGAGGAUAUCUACACCGAGUUCCUGCAACGUCAGCAAUGGAACUUGACAUCGGUGCCUCCAACAUCAACUAUUGGUACGAUCCCGUCCGUGUCUGGAGGACCGGAAUUCGAGGACGAUGGAUUUAGCUCUGACGAGGACGACGAACCUACGUCGACCGAUCCCUCUGGUAACGAGAGUGCCACAGAUAGCGAUGAUCAAGGGUACGAAACCGCGGAGGACUUCCCGGCACAUAUCCAGGGCGGGCACGUGCCGCACGCUCUCAGAGGCCAUCGAACGCAAAUCAUCACCGGCUCGGACGAUAAUGAACCUACUCCGACCGCUACCGUACCUUCGCUUUUUGCCGACCCAGAGCCGCUUGUGCAAUCACCUUCCAUGGUCGACCCUAACAAGACGCCUCAACCUCCGUCCAAAGUGCCAUCGCAAGCACAACUUCAAUCCCCGAGACCACGACUGCAAGAGGAAGGUAGAAAAUCGUCACGAUUCCUCAAGAAACUUAUCAGGAAGGGGUCGUCUAUCAGUGUGGCCAGUGAGUCUGGCGCGGAGACGCCCACCGCGACUAAACUCGGUAAGGUCUCGGAAUCAAAGCCAAAGAAAGACAAGCGGCGUCGAAGGAAACGCGAGAGCGGAUUUGAACUUGAUGCGGACAAUGAUAUCGUCGGAAUCGUAAUGCUGGAGAUCAACGCGGCCACCGACCUGCCACGUUUGCGUAACUUCACUCGGAUAGGAUGGGACAUGGACCCCUUUGUCGUGGUCUCCUUCGGAAAGAAAGUUUUUCGUACACGUGUCAUCCGUCAUUCUCGUGAUCCGGAGUGGAACGAGAAGCUGCUGUUCCAUGUACGCCGAUAUGAGACCAAGUUCAAUGUAAAAUUCAGCGUGCUCGAUUGGGAUAAGAUCUCGACCCACGACAAAGUCGGGGAGGCAAUUUUCAAUGUUGGCGACCUCAUACGCGAAGAACAGAAAGACGAACGAGGUAUAUAUCAAGGAGACACAUUGGACGGUGAUGAGAAAGAGGAGGAUAUGAAAGACUUUGUUCUCCCUCUUACCCCUGGUGAGGGCACCUCCGGAGAACGUCCCUGGGAGGCAAAACAUAAGCCGCAGCUGAAGUUCAGGGCGAAGUAUCAGCCGUACUCAAUUCUGCGGCGCCGGUUUUGGCACGAAUACCUUAAGCAAUACGAUGCCGAUGACACCAGGACAAUUUCGAGAGUAGAGCUCACGUCCAUGCUCGAUUCGCUGGGAUCGACGCUGUCCGCAAAAACCGUAGACGCCUUUUGGACUCGAUACGGGAAGGAUUCUCGUGCGGAGGACGCCGAGAACGAACUCACGUUCGAGGAAUGCGUCGCUUGCCUUGAAGAAUCGCUCCUAAAACCUGCUACGGAGCGCAAGAGGCUCGACGAUGUUGACUACAGGCUCGCGGACGGCGACACUGCGACUGGAUCCCACGCCGCGAACACACCUUCCGGCGCAGAACAGGCCUUCGAGGACCUCGAGGAGAGUAUGGCGCACAUGAACUUCGCUGGCCCGCCAGGGAACAUUCCCUCAGACGGCGAGCACCUGAAGCCGUCGCAACCUGUUCCACACCCUACUGUCCCCAACUCGCAGCCAAUUGCAGAGGUCACCCCUCGCGCCAAAGACGUCUUCAACCCCGUCGAAUCCGAGCCUGGACCGAUCACGCGAGCCAGCUCACACCAGUCCGGAUCAUCUCGAUCGUCGGGGUCGUCUCCUGACACGUCCGACUCCGAUGCCAGUCCCGAGCCCGUAGUCGAACGCGUUAUCAAUAUCCGUAACUGCCCCCUAUGCCAUCGUCCCAGGAUGGGUCGGAAGGCAGAAGUGGACAUUGUGACGCAUAUGGCGUUAUGCGCCAGCCAAGAUUGGGGCCGCGUGGAUCGUAUCAUGGUCGGCAACUUCGUGACCAGUAGCCAAGCUCAGCGCAAGUGGUACACCAAACUCUUGGGCAAAGUCGGCGCUGGAUCAUACCAGCUUGGUGCUAACUCUGCCAACAUCAUUGUGCAAAACCGCACAACAGGUCAACUUGAAGAGGAGAAGAUGCAGGUGUAUGUUCGUCUGGGUAUUCGCUUACUGUACAAGGGCGCUAAGAGCCGAAUGGAAGGCGCACGGGCUCGGCGCCUUCUGAAGUCGAUGUCCAUCAAGCAAGGUGUCAAGUACGACUCACCGGAAUCUGCGAAGGACAUUUUGCCUUUCAUUGAAUUCCAUCGCCUCAACGUCAACGAGAUUCUCGACCCAUUGGAUUCCUUCCAGACAUUCAAUCAGUUCUUCUACCGGAAGCUCAAACCUGAUGCGCGUCCCAUCGAGUCUCCGGACGACCCUUCACGACUCGUAAGCGGGGCAGACUGCCGAAUGAUGGCAUUCGAGACCGUGCAAGAAGCUACGAGGAUAUGGAUCAAGGGGCGGGAGUUCACGGUCGCUCGCCUCCUGGGUCUCGAUCAAACCGAGGAGGGUAGGCAAGAAGCUCGACGGUUUGAAGAUGGGGCACUAGCUAUCUUCAGGCUAGCCCCGCAAGACUACCACCGGUUCCAUUCUCCGGUCGAUGGCACUAUAGGGCCGAUGCGGUAUAUCGCAGGAGAAUACUACACCGUCAACCCGCAAGCAAUCCGGACUGCUCUCGACGUCUACGGAGAGAACGCGCGCAAAAUAGUGCAAAUCGACAGUCCGCACUUCGGACGUGUCAUGGCCGUGUGCGUCGGCGCGAUGAUGGUCGGUAGUAUCAUCACCACCGUCGAUGAAGGGCAGACCGUCAGACGGGGCCAGGAAUUCGGCUGCUUCGCCUUCGGCGGUUCAACGAUCGUACUGCUCUUCGAGAAAGGCGUCGUUGAGUGGGAUGAAGAUCUGUUGAUAAACGGGCGAGCUUCGCUAGAGACGCUUGUACGCGUCGGCAUGGGCGUCGGUCGGUCGCGCCGUACGGCUACAUCCGCAACGGAGGGCGCUCAACCUCGUGGACUCUCUUUCAACCCGGCUUCGUAACCCAAGCGCACGAUAAUCUGUAGGAUUCGCGUAUAUUUAAUGACGACACCAUGAUAGGUGGUAACAUACGCAGAGGAAUACGCUCGAAUAGCCGAGAAACUAUUAACGGAC